AUGAGCUCUCUAUUCUCUUCACCGCCUCGGAAAGGACGUCUGCGUGACUCGAGAGAGUCAUCCGGUUUCGACGAUUCGCAUGAUCUUCUUGAUGAAGCGCCACAAGCGAUGACAGCUCCGGUGUCGCCUUCCGUGCCGCUCAGUGCAAGCAGUCAUUCGGACGGAUGGAAGUAUUCGUCACAAAAAUUGUUGUGGAAGCUGAAGCCGCGUUACUUCAGCCAUGCUUCCAGUACAUCUUCAUCGACCGAUUCUGCCUGGAGAUCGCUGGACAGCGUCACAUGGCGAUCGUUGGACGGAACCGAAGUUGUGCUCAAGGGUACACGUCUUGAGGCGCUGAGUGAGAUAGAGCGAGGUGCUCUACGGCUUGUCGCUCUUCAACGGCUUGCCGUUCUUCUACCGGGAGUCAAUCUUUUGAAACCUAGAGAUCCUCUGACAGCGAUUCGUCAAAAGCGCCAGAAACUGUUGAAACCGAACAAGUCACAGAAUGCGUUGGAUGCAACUCGUCGUCCCAGCGGAUGUAGCAUGGAUGCAGGUGAGAAAGCGCAGCUGUUUGCCCGUACUUCUCUGGCAGCUGAUAUCGCACAAUGA